AUGACUCCAUGGCUAGUAAAGCUCAUUGUGGAAAAUAUGGAGUACCCAAUGGACCACAAUGGACAAAGUGCUAGCAGAAUAAGGGCCAAGGACCCGGCUCUCGAAGAUCCCACUGUUCCUUCAAUAUUGCAAAAGCUGCAUGAAUUUUCUCUCUACGAAACGUCUCCGUCUGAGGUUGUGAAAAUGCCUCAUCGAACGACUUACUUCUUCCCAAGGCAAUUCGAGAACCGUGGAUUCGAUGAAUCAUCAAAGUUUCUGUUGGAUCACGAGAAGAAGAUUAACAGAGACACCUCUAAUGGCAUUGACAGUGACCAGCGGAAGAAAGAGUCAAAUAUUUCAAAGGAGGUCACAUUUGGCGGUGGUGAAAAGGACUCGAUUUCAACUGUAGCUGAUCGCUUCACGGGCGAUAAAAUUCACGAAAAGCAAUUAGCCACUUUCGUCAAUUGGUUGCAAGAAAAAAGAGGAGAGAGGUCAAGUCACGUGAAAAUCAAGUUAAAUCACCGUGACGACGAUCAUGAUAAUGAUCAUGAGCAUUUACUUCCGCCGACGACUGUGGAAUCAACGGCCGGUACCGGUGAAGAAAACCGUUAUGAUCCCCAUGUGACGUUGCAGAAACAGUCGAUUGGUGGUGUGAGAAGCACUGAGGUGACUGGUACUACUAAAGCGCGGGGGUUCGAUCGGCAAGGGUCAUUGCAGAGGCUGCCGAGUGGGAGUAGUUAUGCGGGUAGUUGGUUUUCGGGGACGACAUUGGAUGGAAAUUGGUCGAGUGGUGUCAAGGAUUCGCAGGUGUCGACGACGAUCGAAGAGGAGGAGAGUGGUAGGAGUAAUUUGGCCCAGAGGUCGAGGGAGAGCUAUUACUUGCUGCUCACGAUUGCUAAACGGCUCACUGAGGAAGCAACGAUUGCCAGUGAGCCUAUGCUUCUCCAAGACUCUGGAAAGGUGGGCCUUGGUGGAUCUUCUGAUGCAGAAAUUGUCUCCUAUCGACUCUGGGUAAGUGGUUGCUUGUCAUAUACUGAUAAGAUGUCAGAUGGAUUCUACAAUAUUUUGGGAAUGAAUCCAUACUUGUGGAUGAUGUGCAAUAACUUGGAGGAAGGUAAGCGACUGCCAUCUUUGGCGGCACUUAAAGCUAUGGAGCCCAUUGAUACACUGUUGGAGGUGGUUCUUGUUGAUAGACGAGGGGACACACAGCUUAGGGAGCUAGAAGAUAAAGCACAAGAAAUCUUUUUUACUGCAGAAAAUACCUUAGCAUUAGCAGAGAAACUUGGCAGACUUGUUGCUGACCAUAUGGGGGGCUGUUUUCCAGUGGAGGAAGGUGAUGUCCACAUGCGCUGUCAAUUGGAUAGCAAGAGAUUGGCUGAUAUCCAGAAGUGCGUUGUGCUCCCAAUUGGUAGCCUAUCUGUGGGACUUUGUAGGCAUCGUGCGAUUCUAUUCAAGAAAUUGGCUGACUAUGUGGGUUUGCCUUGUCGGAUAGCUCGAGGGUGCAAGUAUUGUGCGGCAGACCAUCGAUCAUCCUGUUUAGUGAAAGUUGAGGAUGACAGAAAGUUCUUGAGGGAAUUUGUAGUAGACUUAGUUGGGAAACCAGGAAAUGUCCAUGGGCCAGAUUCCUCAAUCAAUGGAGUUGUAUUUUGUUCGAUGCCUUCACCAUUUCAGAUUUCUCAUCUAAAAGAAUUCCAACAAUCUUACGUGGAUGAUAUAUCAUGUUGUCAAUUCCCCUACUCAAAGCAAACAUGUGCUCCUCUCGAAGAGCGUCUAUAUGCAGGCAGUAAGGAGGAUCAUUUAAAUGAUGAUUUUGGCUUGCUUGAAAAUCCAAAAGAGGCUUUAUACAGUCCAAUUGAUCAACGUGGAGGAGGUGAACUGCCUGAAACUCUGGAUGCUGCGACUGUUGCUGCUGGAAUAGUACAUGAAUAUUCAAAACCUCGAGGGGAAAAAAUUGUUAUUCGACAGACUUGCAAAAAAGAGGGGGUGAUGGCGAGUGGCCCAGUUGUAAGCACUGCGGUCAAACAUCAUGAUAAAGUACCCUCUAGUAAAUCAGAUUCAAUGGAGGUUAGGAGUCGAGGUGAGCAUCGAAGGAUAUUUCCUGCUCCAACCAUUCCAAGAUACUUGAAUCUCGAGCCUUCUCUUGCAAUGGAUUGGCUUGAGAUCUCAUGGGAUGAAUUACAAAUAAAGGAGCGUAUCGGUGCUGGAUCGUUUGGAACAGUGCAUCGGGCUGAGUGGCAUGGAUCGGAUGUUGCAGUCAAGGUUUUAAGCACGCAGGAUUUUCAUGAUGAUCAGUUGAAGGAGUUCCUGAGGGAGGAUGUUGCAGUCAAGGUUUUAAGCACGCAGGAUUUUCAUGAUGAUCAGUUGAAGGAGUUCCUGAGGGAGGUUGCAAUAAUGAAACGCGUCCGACAUCCAAAUGUAGUUCUUUUCAUGGGUGCUGUUACAAAUCGUCCGCAUCUGUCAAUAGUGACAGAAUAUUUACCCAGAGGUAGUCUAUACCGCCUCAUACACAAGCCAGCCGCUGGGGAAAUGUUGGACCAGAGAAGGCGGUUACGCAUUGCUCUGGAUGUGGCCAAGGGGAUCAAUUAUCUUCAUUGUCUGAACCCACCUGUGGUUCACUGGGAUCUUAAAUCUCCAAAUUUGUUGGUUGAUAAAAAUUGGACUGUGAAGGUAUGCGAUUUUGGUUUGUCAAGAUUUAAAGCCAACACAUUCAUGUCGUCAAAGUCUGUUGCUGGAACACCUGAGUGGAUGGCUCCUGAGUUCCUUCGUGGAGAGCCCUCGAAUGAGAAGUCUGAUGUUUACAGUUUCGGAGUAAUUUUAUGGGAGCUUGUGACCAUGCAGCAGCCUUGGAGUGGACUUAGCCCUGCCCAGGUGGUUGGAGCUGUUGCUUUCCAAAACAGAAGGCUCGCCAUCCCCCAGAACAUCUCUCCAAUAUUGGCUUCCCUCAUGGAAUCUUGUUGGGCCGAAGACACUGAUCAGCGGCCCUCUUUUGCUAGUAUUGUUGAGACACUUAAGAAGUUACUGAGGUCUCCACUGCAGCUGAUACAGAUGGGAGGAUCAUAGAAACUUAAUAUGCUCCGCUAUAUGUAGACCUCUUGCUUGCUGAUUUUGGAGAUGUCACCACCUAUGGUCACACAAAAUGCUGGUGUCUAUACUUACUGUACUGACCGAGCCUUACUGUUUUAAGACAACAAUUACAGAUAUGCUUGCUUGUGUCCUUUUCAUCAGAUAUGUUGCUUGUCUGUUUGAAAGGUCACUGCAUACAUGUUGGAGUUGUAUAUCUACGUAAAAGGGUUGUAAUCAGACGGGAGAGCAGGAGGAAAACUCGGUAAGCUCCUCUCUCUGCUAAUCUUGAAUAUGAAUAAAUUCAAGGCCAAACUGGGAAUGUAUUUUUGUUGCCAUGCUAGUCGUAUAGGCUGUGUAUCAGUGGGACGUGCAAUUCAGUGUCGUAAAGACUCGGUGAUCCUGAGGAUGUUUCUUAUAAAUUUCAAGGGCAUCCAACACUAAUACAGCACAUUUGUCUUUUUAUUUUUUUAAUGUGUUAGAUG